AUGUUUACAGCAACACAAGCGAUUGUUGCGCGCGAACCAGAGCAGCCGUUUAAGCCGAACUGGUCGCUGGAGGAUGUGAACGUUGGUGAAUUUGGGGAUGAUGAGGUUCUGGUGGAGGUCGUCGCAACAGGAAUUUGCCAUACGGACCUCGUUCUUUCUUCGAUUCCGACUGGGGCACUUGGAAUCGCUUAUCCGAAGAUUGUCGGACAUGAAGCGGCACACCCUGCAUACUGCGACAAAUUUGCAGUCGGGAACUAUGUCGGGCGCCAGGCAUCAAUUAAAACGACUUCCGACGACCAAACUACUUGGUCCCAGUACUUCGGCCAGUCUAGCUUCGCGAAACUGACGGUCGCAAAUGAAUCCAGCAUUGUGAAUGCGAAGGAUCUCAUCGAGGAUUUGGAUGAGUUGAAACUUUUCGCUCCGCUUGGCUGUGGGUUCCAGACGGGGAUGGGGGCUGUCCAGAAUAUCACAUCAGCAGGACCGGAAGAUGUGGUUUUGAUUUCUGGAUUGGGGGCUGUUGGGAUGGGAGCUGUAAUGACUGCCCAUAUCGAGAAUUGCAAGGCUAUUAUCGCAGUCGAUCGAGUGAAGCCUCGCCUGGAACUGGCGAAACCGCUGGGCGCAACUCACACCAUUGAUACGAGUGACCCAGAAUUUACAACAUUGGACGAGGCAAUUCGGCGGCUCUUCCCUUCCGGAGCCUCGGUGGUCAUUGAUACGACUGGCGUUCCCUCGAUUAUUGAGCAGAGUGUGCAAGCUACGACUGCACGUGGAAAAUUUGUUGUGAUCGGUGUUCCUCCUUUGGGCUACGAGCUGAAGGUAAAUGUAGCGCAGCAUAUCAAUGUGGGUGAUCCUUCCCAUUUUCAAAAUUACAGGCUGACAGAUAUUCGAAUGAAGUCGGGACGCUCUAUACUCGGCUGCAUUGAGGGAGAUUGUGUCCCUGGAAAGGCUAUUCCUCAAAUGAUCAAAUGGUAUAGAGAUGGCAAAUUCCCUAUUGAUAAGCUGAUAGACUUUUUCGAUGCUACCGACUUCGGCCAGGCUCUGGGCAAAUUGCACACCGGAGAGACAAUCAAGCCAGUACUUAUGUGGAAAUAA